GCCCCGAUUAUGGAAGCUUGUCACAUCCGAUCUGGUAUGCCAACACCAUCUUAACUAACAUGACUGCUACUAGUUAUUUAUAUAAAUAGAUCUGAUGAUGAACUGCAGCCAAAUCACCUUUUCUCCUUUUUCUCCUCUCCAAUUUCUCUCUAUUUCGUCGUAAAAUUUCCCCUUUCGAGGAGUAAGAAUAAGGAUAAGGAUUUACUUCGAGCUGGACCAAAGCUUCUCCGUAAUUUCUGAGCGAGAAUGUCGGAUGGUUUCCCACCUGAAGAAUCAAUACUCCACUGAUCGAUCUACAGACACCGGUUUUUUUUACAGAUCGAAAUUAAAUAUCCACAAUGAGUUCGUGGCUUAAAGUUGCAGAAGACUUGUUAGAAGUUGUAGAUCGGAGAGCAAAGUCGGUUGUUGGUGAGUUGUCUGAGGAGCAGUCUGACUCACAACCAUCAGCAUCCAAUGGACGGGGAUCUCAAGCUAGGAAGACAAAAUCAAGGAAGAAGGCUCAAAAGAUACUUUCCUCUAAUGAACCUAUUAAAACAAGGGAUACAGCGCAUGACCAACCUAGCAUACAAGAAUUGGUGUCUAAUGUGUCAAAUGAUCAUGAGAAGGAGGUUUUGCCAUCUGAAAAUGUUGGGACCAUGUCUACUAGUUCAACUGCCCAGACCAGCAAACAGCUGCAACUAGAUGUUAAUAAAGACAACGCUCCAUCAGGCAUAUCAUUACCUGAGACACCCCCAAAUGGUGAGGGAAAACAUGAAGCUAAUCAUAUGAUUGAAGUUCCAUCUACAUUUACUGAUGUAGAACCUGUCACUUCAUCUACAAGUGGUGAGCUUGCUGUUGAGAAUAAAUCUGAGGGGCAUGAAGAUUCCUCUUCGGUUCUGUCGACAGCCUCUGGAGUUGAGGCUCUUGAUAGAGAUCUUGCAGCUGAUAGUGGCCAAACUAUUAGGUUGCCUGAUGAAGAUAUUCCAGUAAAAAUUGAUCAAGAGAAAUCUGAACCUGAAACUGUGGAGACACACAGCAACAUUGAUACACAAAUGAAAGAUGUAGAUGUCAAAGAACUUGUUUCCGAGCCAAAGAAGCAACAGGAGCAUAAAAGUGAUAGUUCUCCAAUCAAAGUGCAAGACCAACUUGACGAGGCUCAAGGACUGCUCAAAAGUGCAAUUUCAACUGGUCAGUCAAAAGAGGCCAGGUUAGCCAGGGUUUGUGCUGGACUCUCAUCCCGCCUUCAAGAAUAUAAAUCUGAAAAUGCACAACUGGAGGAACUUCUCAUUACAGAGAGAGAACGUAGUAGCUCAUAUGAGGCUCAGAUCAGGCAGCUACAUCAAGAGCUGUCCAUAUCCAAGGUGGAAGUGACUAGAGUUGAAUCGAAUAUUGCUGAAGCUCUGGCUGCAAAAAAUUCAGAAAUUGAAGCCCUUGUCAAUUCCAUGGAAGCAUUUAAGAAACAAGCUGCUGUUUCUGAAGGAAAGCUGGCUUCUCUGCAGGCAGACUUAGAUUAUGUUAUGAGGAACCGGGAACUUACAGAGACACGAAUGAUACAGGCUUUAAGGGAGGAGGUUUCUUCUGCAGAACGGAGGGCAGAAGAAGAGCGUGCAGCACAUAAUGCCACCAAAAAGGCUGCUAUGGAAAGAGAAGUAGAAUUAGAACAUAGAGCUGUUGAGGCAUCAACGGCCCUUGCAAGGAUCCAGAGAACAGUGGAUGAGAGGACGGCAAGGGCUGCAGAACUAGAGAGGAAGUUGGUAUUGCUUGAGGUUGAAUGUGCAUCACUGAAUCAAGAGCUGCAAGAUAUGGAAGCUCGUGCUCGCCGUGAACAAAAAAGGUCUCCUGAAGAGGCAAAUCAAGCACUGCAGAUACAGGCAUGGCAAGAAGAAGUUGAGCGUGCACGCCAAGGACAAAGAGAUGCAGAGAGCAAACUUUUUUCAUUGGAGGCUGAAGUUCAAAAAAUGAGAGUGGAAAUGGCAGGCAUGAAAAGGGAUGCUGAGCAUUAUUCCCGGCAGGAGCAUAUGGAGCUUGAGAAAAGAUACCGUGAACUAACUGAUCUAUUGUACUACAAGCAAACACAACUUGAAACCAUGGCUAGUGAAAAGGCUGCAGCAGAGUUCCAAUUGGAGAAAGAAAUAAAGCGUCUUCAUGAAGCACAGGUUGAAGCAGAAAGAAGUAGGGUUUCCCGCCGUGCAUCAUCAACUUGGGAAGAAGAUACUGACUUGAAAGCACUUGAGCCUCUGCCCUUGUAUCAUCGACAUAUGGUUGGGGCAAGCAUACAGUUGCAAAAAGCAGCAAAACUCUUGGAUUCAGGAGCUGUCCGUGCCACUAAAUUUCUCUGGAGAUACCCAGUUGCUCGAGUGAUCCUACUCUUCUAUCUUGUUUUUGUACAUCUCUUCCUUAUGUAUCUGCUUCAUCGCCUUCAGGAACAAGCAGACAGUUUCAACCCUGGAGAUGCGGAGUUUAUGGGACUUAACAACCAUACCUUGCCAUGAGACUUCAGAUUCUACUCGGUCAGAAGCAAGCAUUUUGAAGUUACCUGCAAAUUUUGCUAAUUGCAAGUAGGGGCAUACAACAACACUAUUUUCUCCCUUUACUUACAUUCCUCUUCUACUUCCAGCAUAUGUAUUUUUUUCCCCAGGUGGUGGGGACUGUGUAUUAAUUCAUUUUCUAGUAGUAUAUAUUAAAAAUUUGAGGCUGGUGUCCAAAUGAUUAAAGGAACGAAGCAUGGAUAUCUGUGUCAAUGUAAGUACAGAUUCAUAUUUUCGAAAAUCAAUUGGAUUGAUUUAUUUCCUCAGAA